AGCUGUGUGUGGGUGAGCUCUUCAGAGAAGUCCCACCUUUCUGAGCAGCUGUUUUGAAGACAGGUGGUGGGAAAGGCUCCAGGACUCCAUGUCCCAUUAAGAAACUUUACAAGAGGGACACAUCUGGUUUACCAGUUUUUGACUUCCUUCUGAGCUGAAAACUUUGUUUUGUAGAAAAGCAAAACUUGGCCAUAAACACCUAAAAUGCGGAGCCCCCGAACCUUUGAGGAGCAAACGGAAUGCAUUGUAGACUCUCUACUCACAGACUUCUUAGGUCCCACUUGUCAGGUUGCUAACCGGACCCUACGUUGUGCAGACGAACCAGAUUCAGGAGAGGUCUGCUCUUUUGAUGUGGCCAUCAUUGCUGGUCGCCUUCGGAUGUUGGGUGACAAGUUCAAUGGAGAAUUGGAAGCUCCUGCCAAAAACAUCAUCGCAGAAACCAUUCAGGGACAGGCAGGAGCUGUACUUCAGGACACAGUUAAAUCUCUCAGCAAGGCCUGGUGUGCCCAGGAUUCCACCUUGGCUUAUGAGAGAGCCUUUCUGGCAGUGUCAGUGAAACUUCUUGAAUGUGUGGUCCGCAUGACUCCUGAGAUGGCAAGGCAGGUGGCUACGUCCAUGACAAAUAUGAUCAUUGGGAACACUGCCAUACGAGAGUAUAUCCAGGGCCAGGGAGGUUGGGAAAAUCUGGAGAGCUGAAGAAGAGGUGGAGCUGUUUUCCAGCCUGAAAAACUUUGAUCUUCUUUGACUGAUCGGGUGAUUGAUCUCUGGCAAUUAAAACAGAAACAACCAAAUCAAAACCUUCUUUCUCU